AACUCCUUUCUGGGGUUUUCUAAAAACAAAAAAGAAACUGCUUAUUGGCAGAACAUAUUCCUUCUAACCUUCUAAAUAAAUUCCUGUUUAUCCCUAUAAAUUCAUCAGCUUAGCAAAUUCAAGAAAGUAAAAAUUAAACCCAAUUUCUUGCUAUUCUGCUAACUUCCAUGUCGAUGAUAUCUGGCAUCCAAGGCCAACUUCUUGAAGUCACAGUGGUUUCUUGCAAUAAAUUGAAGGACACUGAAUGGAUUGCAAGGCAAGAUCCUUAUGUUUGUCUUGAAUAUGCUAGCUCCAAAUUUCGUACUCGUACCUGUACAGAUGGUGGCAAGAACCCUACAUUUCAAGAGAAAUUCGUGUUUACGCUCAUUGAAGGGUUGAGAGAGAUUAAUGUUGUGGUCUGGAAUAGCAAUACCGUUACGUAUGAUGAUUUCAUAGGGAGCGGAAAGAUUCAACUACAGAAAGUUCUUUCAAUGGGAUAUGAUGAUACUGCUUGGCCAAUCCAGACCAAGACUGGCAGGCAUGCAGGAGAAGUUCGGCUGAUAAUGCACUAUGCUAACGCCAAUAAGCCGGCAACAAGCUAUGCUCCAUCAGCUCCACCAUAUGCAGCACAGCAGCCUCAUACACCUAUGUACUCCACUCCUCCACCACAUGCAGCUUGUUAUCCACCAGCAACAGCUUAUCAAACACCGUCUCCAUAUCCUGCAUACCCGCCUCAUUUGACUGCAUAUCCCCCAACCCCUUAUCCUCCUCCUCAAUCGGCUGCUUAUCCUCCUCCUCCUCAAUCGACUGCUUACCCACCAGCUUAUCCACCACCUUCAGCAUAUCCUCCUGUGUCUUAUCCACCACCAUCAAACGACUACUCUUAUCCUCCAGGUCCAUACCCUGGAACAUAUCCUCCACGACCCUACUGAGGCCAGAUUCCUACAUGCAUGGGUGAAGAAUGUGCAUAUAAGUUGCUUAUGUAAAAAAGGGAAAAACAAAUGUGCAUAUAGGUUUUCACUGAACAGGUUUUGCUUAGGCAUUUUUAUUUUUGUAAAACAUCGAAAAUUAAAGACUUGGAUGACUUGUUUGUUAUCGUUUGUGCUGAACUGUUUUCUAUACAAUCUUAGGAAAGAAACAAGACAAGCUUAUUAGUGUUGUUGCCUGUUUUUAUGGUCCUUACAUGGAAUAUAAGGAAAUUCUUGUAUCA